AUGGCGAGCCCCUCCUGCCCUGGACCCUCCCGCCCCACCCUCCCAGGAGCCGAGCCCCCCCACCCACCUGCGACUGCGCUCUGGGUCCGGUGCGCCCCGCCCCCAUCCCCUCCCCUGAGCGGAGGUGGCACUGCGGAGCGCAAGCUCGCGUCCCACCCGUGCUCUGCCCCCGGGCACCCGAGCCGAUCUGCUGAGAGAGGGGCGCUGAGCCUGGGGCCUGGGCUCCAGCCCAGGGCAGGCCUCCCAUCUGUCUUUGGUGUCCCCCUCCCCCAGGCCCUGGUGGAUGAUACUGAGGAUGUGUCCCUGGACUUUGGCAAUGAAGAGGAGCUGGCUUUUAGGAAAGCCAAGAUCAGGCACCCCUUGGCCACCUUUUUCCACCUGUUCUUCCGAGUGAGUGCAAUUGUCACUUACAUAUGCUGUGACUGGUUCAGCAAAAGCUUUGUGGGCUGCUUUGUCACUGUGCUGCUCCUUCUGUCCUUGGACUUCUGGUCUGUGAAGAAUGUAACUGGAAGACUCAUGGUGGGCCUUCGAUGGUGGAAUCAGAUAGAUGAAGAUGGGAAAAGUCACUGGAUAUUUGAAGCCAGAAAGGUCUCUUCUAAUAAUAUCACUGCCACAGAAGCUGAGGCUCGGAUCUUCUGGCUCGGUCUCAUUAUUUGCCCCAUGAUUUGGAUUGUAUUCUUUUUUAGCACCUUAUUUUCCUUGAAGCUAAAGUGGCUGGCCCUUGUGAUCGCUGGGAUUUCCCUCCAAGCCGCCAACCUGUAUGGUUACAUUCUUUGUAAGAUGGGAGGUGACAGUGACAUCAGCAGAGUCACAGCCAGCUUUCUGUCCCAGACAGUGCUCCAGACGGCCUGCCCAGGUGACUUCCAGAAGCCUGUACUUGAGAGACUGGAAAUCCACAAGCAUUAGGUUUCUCUUGAGGGGCAGAGAUGGCUUCAGUGAAGGGUUCGCUAACUGAAUAACUUCUAACAAAGAAGAUUUCGUAAUCCCAUAAUCCCGUGUGUUUUUCAUGUGAAGGAAGCCUUGGAGAAGUUUUGGAGG